UUUGCCAUUCCUACGAUAUCCAAACCCACCAGUGCCCAACUGACAAGAGAUCUGUUGUAGAAAAUUUUGUUUCCAAAUUGUCAUUUUUGAAUAUACACUGAUAACACGUUAAAAAUUCGUCAGUAAAAUUUAAUUGUUUAACUUGUUUUAAUAUUAGUUAUUUAAUUUUUUUUAUUUUUUUGAAUUCGCGCCAAAUAAUGCGGAAGACGUUAAGGCGAUUCUUCAGUUUCAAAUAUCUGUGAUUGAAGAAAGUUUAUAAUUUAUAAUAGAAAAAUGACAACGUGAUGUUACAGUUAUCGCAAAAACUGUUUUGUUAAAAUAUAAAAUAUCGACAAGUGAUUGUUUUCUCUUUAGAUACGGAUUGUUAUUAUUAAAAAAGAGCAAUACUGCAUCCAUCAUGUCUUCAAGAAAAUUCGUGAGUCUGUUAGUACUUUCUAAAAAGAUCUAUUCAAAGGAUCCAAGGAUCCUUUCUAGAUCAUUAAAUACAAUGACUACAGAAUUACAUUCAGAGAAUUCCCACUCGUGCGGGAUCCGUCCAUACUCAGAAAUUCCAGGACCAAAACCAAUUCCAUUUCUUGGCAAUACAUGGAGAUUCAUUCCCUAUAUUGGCGAUUUCAAAAUCGAAGAAGUAGACAAAGUCUCCACGUGCCUUCACGCGGUCUAUGGUGACAUAGUGAAAAUUGAAGGUCUUUUAGGAAGACCGGAUAUGGUAUUUAUUUAUGACGCAAGCGAAAUUGAGAGAAUUUUUCGUCAGGAGGAAAAAAUGCCUCAUCGUCCUUCCAUGCCAUCUUUGAAUUACUACAAGCACGUAUUGCGCAAAGAACAUUUUGGUAACAAUGCAGGAGUCAUUGGCGUUCACGGUGAAAGUUGGUAUAAUUUUCGAAGUAAAGUGCAACAAGUGAUGCUGCAGCCACGAUCAGCUAGGAUGUACAUUGGUGCUAUUGAGGAGGCCAGCCAAUCGUUUCUUCGCAGGAUAGACAGAAUAAAAGAUGAAAAUGACGAAACGCCAGAUGACUUUCUCAAUGAAAUUCAUAAAUGGUCCUUAGAAUCAAUUGCAAAUGUAGCGCUGGAUGUCAGACUCGGUUGCCUAGACGACGACGCACCGUUGGAGACGCAAAAAUUAAUAGAUGCCGUAAAUGUAUUCUUCAAAAAUGUGGGUGUGUUGGAAUUGAAAAUACCAUUUUGGAAAAUAUUCAAUACACCCACUUGGCAAAAAUUUGUUAACGCUCUGGACGUCAUAGUGGAUAUUACCAGGAAGUAUACGGACGCUGCGCUGAUGAGAGAAAAAACUAGUGGGGAUAGUGAAAAAGAAUUAUCAAUUUUGGAAAAAAUUUUGGCAGUUGAGAACGACACGAAAACGGCCUCUAUCCUUGCUCUGGAUUUAUUUUUAGUUGGGAUCGACACGACGUCGAAUGCUGUUGCAUCUGUACUUUAUCAAUUGGCACUGCAUCCCGAAAAACAGGCAAUUCUUUUCGACGAGGUGGCACGUACCCUUCCGCAACGGAAUGAAAAAUUGGAAUCAAGACACUUGGACAAUUUGAAGUACUUGAAAGCCUGCAUAAAGGAAACUUUACGAAUGUAUCCAGUAGUAAUUGGAAAUGGACGUUGUAUGACAAAAGAUACGAUAAUCAGUGGUUAUCAAAUUCCAAAAGGGGUGCAAGUAGUAUUCCAGCAUUACGUUAUCAGUAAUCAGGACAAGUAUUUCCCAAGGAGUAAAGAAUUCCUUCCAGAACGUUGGUUGACCGGAAAUGACGUUCUCCACGCGUUUGCCUCACUUCCGUUUGGCUACGGAAGACGAAUGUGUCUUGGCAAACGUUUCGCGGAUUUAGAAAUGGCUGUAGUAAUUAGUAAGAUCAUUCAAACUUACAAGCUGGAAUAUCAUUACGAUAAAUUGGAUUAUCACAUAGACCCGAUGUACACGCCAAAAGGACCCUUGAAGUUAAAAUUUAUCACCAGAUAAACAGUCUAAUUUAUACCUUCUUUUAACAGUCGCUACGAAUUUAUUGUCAUUGCAAACGAUUAAAAUUUUUUAUUUUAUUAACUACAUAUAAAAAUUAUAAUAAGUCUUUACCCGUCAAUGAGACAUAACUCUAUCAACGGUGAACCGUUACCGAUGGAAACCUAUUAGUGCGAGCAAGAUAGAGAACGCACGAAUACGUACCUAGUGAGUGAGAGCGUCGAUGCCGUCGGACUCUGGCAGAACGAAUAUCUAUGACAAAAAGGUAUGAGAGAGAAAGAGAAAGAGAUAGUCGUACAAGAGAUGUCGCGUGAAGAAGUGUAUGCGAAUCCAAUCCCGUGUGGGGAUCAGAGCGCGAAGUACAAAGAGACGUGACUGAUGAGAAGUCUCCGGGCGAUCCACAUGACGGCAACUGUAAGAGAGAGAGAGAGAGAGAGAGAGAGAGAGAGAGACAGAGAGAGAAAGAAAUAGAGGUUGCACGACCGUAUCCGAAAGCGCAACGAGGCGAAAGGAUUUGGACGACCGUUAGCAUUUCCUGUAAGGUUGUUAUAAAAACGCAAAUCAUUUUGACUGUCCGCCUUCCUUUCUAUCCUGUACUCACGGUACAUCGAUCUAAUUGUAAGUCGACUGGACACUACGUAAGUCACGAAAAACUAGAGUAAAAUCAAAGUUAGUUACAGAUGUGAAAAUAAAAAUAAAAAUUAUAUUAUUGUUUUAA